AAGAAUCCUCUAGAACAAGUUAAUGAUGGUGGAAAAUAUUUAUUUGAAAAUCAUCAGCUGGCCAUGGAUAUGGACAAUAAUAUUGAAAAAUACUCCUUCAAUCUACAGCCCUUGGAAUCAAAGGUGAAAAUCAUUCAGAGGGCAUGGCGCGAAUACCUGCAGCGGCAGGACCCCCUGGAGAAGAGGAGCCCGUCCCCGCCAUCCGUCUCCUCAGACAAGCUGAGCAGCUCCGUGAGCAUGAACACGUUCUCCGACAGCAGCACACCCUUUGCUAAUGCUCCUUUGGAGAAGAUUCAUUCCUGUUUCUCUCAGGAGUUGCAGCAACGUGGAGAUAAGAUGCCCAAUGAAAGGUGGGUGAUUCUGCUCUACCCUGGCCAGCCUUCCAGACCCACCAGACUCAGAAUACUCUCAGGGAGCUCCACCUAG